UAGGAAAGAUGCGCUGUAUACUCAUUUUUGUGCUCGCGUUGAGCUUCGUAAAUACUUCUCCAACAAGAAAUAGUCUCAAAGACGAUUUGCGAAAGGCCGCUGAAGAGACCGCUUCACUAAUUCGUCGUGAAGGUGUAAGAUGCUUAAUAGAAAUUUUCCAAAAAGUUAUUGACAGUCAGCAUAUAAACGAAAAGGAUAUUUCAAAGUGGCAAGCAGUUCAAGAUAAGUUUGUUCAUUUACAUGAAACUUGGGCUGAAAAUGGGGAAAAAAUAGAAAACGUCUUACGCGAAGCCGAUAAGCUUGAACCAAAGCUGACAUCUUUGACUGAAUUAAACUAUUAUACAAAUGGUGGCUUUAACGAGAGCCAGGCUAAGAAUAAGGAAUUGAAAACACAACUUUAUGCUGAAUUUGUAACUAAAGCCAAUGAUAUGAUUCGCUUGUCUAAGGAAGCUGGUUAUACUGAUACAAAUUUGGAUGCAUUUUAUAAUAAGUUUGUUGAAAAUCCAAACAAAAUAAACCAAUUAAUUUCCAAAUUAUUUCAAUAUAACUAAAUAUCCUAUGUAAAAGUAUUUUUUGUUUUCAAUCUAUUGAUGGAAAUGCG